AUGAAGGCGGACAGUUCUACGAUGCAGCUCAAGCGGGAAUCUCGGUCCACCUUCAUCAGUCCGCUCUUGACAGCUUUCGCCGUUGCACAACUCGUCGUAGUCGGAUUCAUUCUAGUGCACGGAGCUCCUUCUGCUGGAGAGGCCUGCGUCGGCGUGCGGUUUAGCUUCAACAAGACGUAUACCCCGUUCGGUGCCGACUCUCUCUUCACUCCGACCUUGGCCUUCGGCUCGUUCUCUUUCUCUACAGCCAAGACCAUCGAUAUCAUUUGGGACCUGUUCGUUGGCCGCGGCGGCCAGGCUAUCCUUAUAUACAUUGCUUACCGCGUGUUCACGAGGUCACUGGUGUUUUCCAUGGAGUCUCGGCCCACACCCUACCAAGUGUUCGCCGCAAUAGCCUUCGACACUGUCUCUAUAAGCACGAUUCACAUUUUGGGUAAAGAAUGCGUAGCACCAUGGCAACGGACCCGUAGGUGCACGCUGACAGUUGUGGGGCUGAUCUUGGCAAGCUCGUACAUCCUAGCGUUCCCCACGCUUAUCAGUGCGUUGACCGGUUACGACGCCACCUAUCGGCCAUACGUGAAUGUUACGGAUGGCUCGAUGAUCCCGUUUUCUAGCUUUGAAACCGUAGACUGGGUUGUGUGGGAUGGUUCUCGUAUAGGCCUGGCAGAUGGUGCUUUGAUUGUUGAGGACUCGAGUUCUUCAUUCUACCCACUUCGUAAUAUCUCCAGCUCUAUCGCCAGGUACAAGCGCAACUACAACGAGAGCAACUACUACGAUAGCUCCCAGGGAUUAAGGCCUUCGAACGGAUCCAGUAACUUCACCCUGGGUAAAACCACGUAUUACCUCGAUCGGCCCUACCUCAGUAUUGACGAGCUUGUCGAUACGCUGGUAUACCAGGAUCAGAAUUACAGCAAGAGCUUUGUCGCAGACAACGGUGUUUGUCAGCCGGGAAAGACUUACCGAUGGGGUUUUUCUUCGCAGAUCUUGUUCUUCUUCAGCAUCUCCCACGUGCUCUGGAUUUGCGUCAUGUGGACGAUCUGGGGAGACGCGCGUAAGAAUAGUCAUGUCGCGCGACAGGGCUAUACCAUAGGUACUUACCGUGCGGUGGUUGAUCUUUCCAAGGCUAUCCGGCACGAAACAGGCGAAGACUGUGACGUUUUGUCCGAGAAGGACUUGCAAUCAAGGCUGCAUAACAGUGGGAAUGGCAUGGUCUUCCAGCGAUCAGCCGUCGACAGCCUAGACAUCGGUGUUGAGCUAAAUCAGCUAUUGCCAGACAAUGAAGCGAACAAGAACACUGACCAGUCUACAACCUCAUCUCUGUACGACGGACGCUGGAUGUAA